AUAAAUAAAUAAAGGGGAGUGGAACACCGCAAUGAUAGAACUUAGAAGAGAUGCCAUUUUGCUACAACCCUAACAAACAGUCUCGGCACGCGAAGAGAAAAUCUCUCUCCUCUCGUUUUUCAAGAAGGUUUUGAUCCACAAAAUCCUAUACAUGGAGCCAAACCUAUUUGACAAAGGAAUGGGUAUAUUGUAGAUAAUGACAUGAAACCUACUUCAGAUGCAAUUUCUAGGGUUUUGAGAUUGAAGUAAUUAUAUUUGUUUAAGAUAGAGAUCGGAGAUCUUCAAGAGGCACAUAUUGGAGUCAUGUCUGUAUCAGGGAAUGAAAAGCCUGGGAUUAAAUCUGUUUCCCGGCAGUAUAGCGCUUCUAUUGCAGGUAUUCCUAUCAAGAAAAGGAGGUUCCCAUUGGUGCGGUCUCCUUCACCUCCACCUGAAGAACAAAUUUCACAUAGGAACUUAUCUCAGGAUUCAUGUCACUCAAAUGCCAGUGUUGUAACAACUUCUUCUGGCAUAUCUGAUGCAAGCAAGAAUUAUUUCUCAGAGGAAAGAAGAGAAAGAUCUGCUGAUAAAAAUAUUAGUUUAAUCCAAAGUGAUGCUAAUAUUUCUGGAGUCAAUCCUCUGGAACCAAGCCUUAGAAUUUAUUCUGGUUCUUCUGAAAGUAUAGCAAGCGAAGAAAAGCCCAUGCCAGCGGAAAAAAGUUCAGGCCAGAUCAUUUCUGGAAACACAGAGCCGCAAUUAGCUUGCAAGGAAGCUCUUUCUCUUCAUGUAGGAAAGGACAUAUUUAGCAAACUAAAAAUAGAAAGGGAUUAUGAACCUCAAGUAUCUACAAUUAUAGGCAGCACUGAAUUGUCAUUAGGACCAAAGGAACCCUUUGCUCCCUCCUUGGUUGGUCAAAAUAGUGAAGGGAGCGGUCAGUUUCUAGAGAAACUAGGUUCUGUUUCUUUGAAUUUAUCUUUGAGCAAAGGAAAAAGCAGUAUCAAUUAUGGAAGUGGCAAGGAUAAGUUGAAUGUAGAUGGAGCUCAUCUUCAGGCUAACAGGUCAAACUGGGAUUUGAAUACCACAAUGGAUGCAUGGGACCGUUCUGAGAGUGAUGGAGCUGCAUGCCAGGGAACUGAUGGGAUCAAUUGUUUGAAUGUUACCAGUGAUACACAAGAUAUAAAGCCUUUGAUACGUUCAGAUGGAAUGGUUGUAGCUGGUGUUGCUUCUGGAAACCAGUUUCUUAAAGGGAGCAAACACAAUCCUAAUUUCACCAUAUCCUCCAAAUCUCCUGGUCAGCAUUACAAUUUUGGGGAUUCUCUUCUUCUGCAACUAAGCCCUUGUCUCCAGCCAAUUAUAGGUGGGGAACAAUCUGGAUCAUCCUCUAAAGUAGAUUCAGUCAGGGUUAUUCCUACUUCAAACUUAUCCACUGUUCUAGUGUCAACUGGAAAUCCAAAUAUGGCAGGGAAUGUAAAAUCUGAACCAAUUGAUGAUAGUCCCAAGCUGGAUUUUAAGGGAUCGAAAGACAACCUUGAGACAUCACCAAUAGAUUUUAGAAAUAUAAAACAUGAAUUGAUUGAGAGGUUGGAACUAGAAGCCCUGAAAAAUUUUAAUUUUGGCAGGCUAAAAUUGGAUCCUAGAAUCAUCAAAUCUGAACCAGUACAUGAGGGAAAUCAUGGAAUUCAUAAGACAGCUGAGGGGGCAUCACAGUUAUCAGGUGGACAGGUGUUUCAAUGCUUGGAUAAUCAAUCUCGUGAAGUGGUAUUGCCUAAAUCUUCGCAUUUGUGCCCUUCAGAGCUUCCUACUUGUUCAACAGAGUUACCAAUAAAUGGGAAUGUGUCAAGCCAUUCAGGAAAUUCCACUUGUGCAAAGGGAAUCCAUGUUAGUACAGAGGUGCCUCAGAAUGCAAGCAAUAGUAUUAAGCAGGUUGCUUCAGAAACUGUUUCUAUAUCUGAGGUUCAUAAAGGUAAAGAAUUGAAUGUUUCAGAUGUACAUGCACCAGGAGUGGAAGAAAAUUUGAAUGUUGGUGAUCCUGAGCAGUGCAGAUUGAAAUUGAUGGAGGAAGCGCCUUUGGGUUCAUGUGGAGAUGGUGGGGGCUCUGCAAGAGAUAGUGAGGGGUCUGUGAGAAGAGACGGUGAGGGGUCUGUUAGAAGAGACGGUGAGGGGUCUGUUAGAGGAGACGGUGAGGGGUCUGUAAGUGAUGAGGAAAAGAUUAACAUAUCAAAUGACAUGCUCGAAGAUUCUUAUGAAUCUGAUUAUGACUCAGAUGGAAAUCAUGAUUUAGCUACAGUUAUGGAAGCGGAACGAUUGGGUGGAGAAGAUGAUGAUGACUAUGAAGAUGGAGAGGUCCGAGAACCACUUGUGCAUACUGAUGUAGGCUCUAUGUCUGAGAAAAGAGAAGCAGAAGAUGUUAAUUGUGGUGAUUCUGAUAAUAAAAAAGUGGGUUUUUUGGGUUCUUCUGGUGAUGAUUGUCCUGCAUCACUUCAAGCUGAGGAAAGAGACACCAAAACAGAAGAUCCUGGUGAAACAAAUAAUGAUGUUAGCGAAGAAUGUCUUGAUGCGGUUCCUGAUGAGAAAACCGAUAUGGUUGCUGAGAAAGACGCCUGUUUCGACAAGUCAUCAACAGUUGAGAUCCCGAUAACUGAACUGGACAAAAAGGGGCCCAUGAAGCCCAUUCGAAGAAAACCCCUUGAUCGAUCUGGGAAAAAGGAAGUUUCAGAGGACCAUGAAUCUGAACUAUCAUCUGAUAAAGCAGUCAGUGGAAGUCAAGGAACUGCAGUGGCAGUUGGUCAGGGUAUAGAUCAGAGCAUGAAAGGAACUGACUCAAUGGAGAAAAAUGAGUCAGCCUUACCUAGGACUGAAGUAUCUCUAAAUAGUAAUGAUGCAAAUAAGGAUGCCAACAGUGGAGGUACUCGGAGCAGGAUUAUAAAUCUACCUCGUGCUUCAUAUGUUUCAUCUUUAUAUAAAACAAGAUCUGUUUCAGGCAGGUCAUUACCAUCUCGAACUGUAAGAGAGAGGUUCACUGAUUUAGUGCCUGAGGGAGAUAAAUUACAUUCUCAAGGGAGGGAUGAAAUUUUCAUUGAUGGCCCCCACAAAUUUUUGAGAGAGCGGAAUCAAGAUCAAGCACUGAGAAAUUCUAGAUUAAGUUUUACCCGAGGCAGAGGAAGAGGUUCCAGCCGAUUGGAUGCUCUACAUGGUGACUGGGAUUCUGAUCAUGACUUUGCACCUGAACUUUAUAAUGGUCCAACAGAUUUUCGUUUCCGUAGACAUAAAACUGAUGUUGUUGAUGCAGAUCUUGAAUGCAGCAGCUAUAUUAUUGCACCAGAUGGUGCUGUUGGCACGGGUAGAGGAGGGAGAAAACCCUUAAAUGAUGAGGUGGCAGUUUUCCGGCAUCCACCUUCAAGGAGGCGAUCUCCUGGUGGUAGAGAAGGGCCGGCUACACGAGGGCCUCAAAUGGUUCGCAGAAUUCCAAGAAAUAUUAGCCCAAAUAGAUGCAUCGGUGAAGAUGCUUCUGAUUUGGUUGGACUGAGGCAUAGUGAAAAGUUCAUAAGGGGUUUGAGAGAUGAUAUUGUUGAGCCAGUAUUUACUCGCCAACAACCUCCGUUUGAGGGAGUAGAAGGUCAUUUUGUCCAAGGGAACAGGAAUUUUUCUUCUAUCCAGAGGAGGGGUCCUCCUAGAAUUCAUUCAAAGUCUCCAAUGCGAUCUGGAUCUCCUGGCCCAUGGUCAUCACCCAGAAGAAGAUCACCUGAUGGGUUUAAUGGACAUCCAGAAUUGACUCAUAGAAGAUCUCCAGCAGUUUAUAGGAUGGAUAGGAUGAGGUCUCCAGAUCGUCCUUGUUUCCCUGAAGAGAUAGUGGCUAGGAGGCAUGGUUCCCCUCCUUUUUUGCCCCGGCCAUCAAAUGAUUUGAGGGAUAUGGAUUCUGCACGAGACCAUGGCCCUCCAAGAUCUGUCAUUCCCAAUAGGAGGAGCCCAUCUGGCCGGAUAUUACUAAGAAACAGUCGGAGAUUCGACAUUAUAGAACCUCGAGAAAGGACAGACAGUGAUGAGUUCUUUGGACCCCCCAUGCAUUCAGGUCGAUUUCAUGAGCUUGGUGGUGAUGGAAGUGGUGAGGAGAGAAGAAGGAUUGGUGAAAGACGGGGGCCUGUUCGUUCUUUCAGACCUCCUUACAACGGUGCUGGUGCUGAGGGUUUUCGUUUCAAUAUAGAGGAUGGUCCUAGGCCUUAUAGGUUUUGUCCUGAAGCUGACUCAGAGUUCCUUGAAAGAGGGAAUUUGAGGGAGAGGGAGUUUGACAGGCGAGUAAAGAAUCGACCUGGAAAUGCACCUAGAAGAAGCAUUGAAGAUCAGGAAGGAAAUUACAGGCAUGGUGAGCAGGUUUGGCAUGAUCAAGGAUUUGAUGACAUCUCCCGGUUGAAAAGGAGGAGAUUUUGAUUAGGUUGUUUCCUGCUGCUAUGGGCCAAGAGUGUAGUAUGUGUUGUAUUUAAUGGAGGUUGGUGCAGCAAUUUGGUGAUUCAUGGACUGAUUGUGGAACUUGAUUUGAUUAACAUUGCUGUUUCAUUCUCAAUUUUCAAUCAAGUUAAGUAAAUAUCAGAUGCUAGCGCUUGGAAGGCUUGACGAUCUGUAGUCCACAGCAAAUAGUUGGUUGAUAUUGUGAUGCACAUGCUUGCAUGUUUCUUCAGAUAUAAUGGUGGCUAGGUCUUGGACUCAUUCAGAGUUUUUCUUUUCCCUAAUCAUGGGAAUAACUGCAGUGUCUCAUUUUCAUCUUUGCAAGUUCUGUAUUGUUAUAGGUUAUGGUGACACUCUAUAUACCAAGGGUCAUUUUGGGGAAGUUUCUUGUAAGUUGAUGGAGAUCCUCUAUUAAGUUUCUUCACAUAUCUUCAUCUUUAUAUAUGUUGAUUUUGGUGCU